GGUGGGGGUGAUGAUGCCUUCUGCCACCCUCCCGGGAAGGACCGGUACAGUCUGGGGGACCGAGUCGGUCCUCGUUAUCCGCCCUCCGUCGCAAUGGAAGCGGGCGUUCCGGGCGCCAAGGAUCCGGACUCGGAUGGGAUGCAGGGAAUGCCGUCUUCCUAGGACCAGGUUGCUCAGAAGAUGAUGAUGCCAUUCGGGAAGGGCCCUUCAAACCCAGGAGGGCCGCGGAAAGGCGGCGGGGACGAGCCCGGGAAGCUGCCGGAGCAGGAGGAGGAGGAGGAGGAGGACGACGACGACGACGACGACGAGGAGGAGCAGGAGGAAUCCCAGGUCUCGCACGGAACGGGCCACUGCAAGUGGUUCAACGUGCGGAUGGGCUUCGGGUUCAUCUCCAUGAUCAGCCGGGAGGGGAGUCCCCUCGACCCCGCGGUCGAUGUCUUCGUACACCAAAGCAAGUUACACAUGGAAGGGUUUCGAAGCCUUAAAGAGGGUGAACCAGUGGAAUUCACAUUUAAGAAAUCUUCCAAAGGCCUUGAAUCGAUACGGGUAACGGGCCCAGGUGGGAGCCCCUGCUUGGGAAGUGAAAGGCGACCCAAAGGGAAGAUGUUACAGAAAAGAAAACCAAAGGGAGACAGAUGCUACAACUGUGGCGGCCUGGAUCACCACGCUAAGGAAUGCAGCCUACCUCCUCAGCCCAAGAAGUGCCAUUGCUGCCAGAGCAUCCUGCACAUGGUGGCCACCUGCCCCCACAAAACGGGGGCACAGCCACCCUCCAGCUCUCAGGGAAGACCAGAACCAGAGCCUCAGCCCUCCACAUCCGCAGCCGCCGCCGUCCCCAGAGAGGCAGGAGGAACAGCUGCCGGUCACCCGACUCCCCUGCACCCGCCGGAGGGUAGUAAGUCCGAGGGCUCCGAACGCCCGGGUAGGUCGCCCCAGGAAUCUUCCUCCGGCAAAGUCUCAGCCUCACCCGAAGAACCGAGCCGGAAGGGGCCUUCCGUUCAAAAACGGAAAAAGACUUAGGAUGCCGUCUCCCAGCGGUCCAGCUCCUUGACCCGCUCGGAAUGUCUACCUCACACAACGACAGGGGAGUGAUUUCGCACUCGGCCGCCGACCCAGAAUCUGACUACUGUUGAGGAACUGUGAAAUUUUCUAAACGGAGAAAAUCGCUUGAAGCCGGUUGCGUUGGAACAUAGAAACAGAGUCUCUUCUGUUUCCUGUCUUUCAGGGGAUCCCAUGGGAGGA